AACGAUGUUCGGAGCGUCGUAUGCCGAAAAUAAAAUUUUAUGUAGUAUAAUGGAAAAGAAACAAUACAAACACAAACCAAGUUUUUUAAGAGAAACAGUCGAGAAAUAAAUUUCAUCAUGGCAUUGUUAGUUUCAUUUGCGAUCGAUUGAAAUCAGUCUCUGCUUUCUCUUGAUAUCGAGUGGAUAGAAAAUUUUAAUUUUGUCAUUUCAAAAAUUUUUUUGUUAAUUUUAUUUUACGUGGCGAAAAUCCAAUCUACUGAGUGUCAUAAAAAAGUAUCUGCUUAGCUUCAAUUCAUAAGAUGACGAACUUUGAAAGUUUGAAAGAAACAUUAUCGCGUUAUGGCCAAGAGCAUUUGUUGAGAUUUUGGGAAGAGUUGAGUGACAUCGAACGUAAACAGCUGAUAAGCGACAUUCAAGAGUUAAACUUAGAAGAAGUUCAAUCAUUUUUCAUGCGUGCCACAGCAUCAAUAGAUGAAAGUUCAGCAAAACUUGAUGAUCGUCUUAAGCCAGUGCCUGAGACGACUUUCAUGUCGAUAAGUCGAACAAACAAGGACCAAUUAAAGAUUUAUGAGGAUGAAGGUCUCAAGCAGAUUUCAAACAACCAUGUUGGAGUGUUGUUGAUGGCUGGCGGGCAAGGAACGCGUUUGGGAUUCGCACAUCCCAAGGGAAUGUAUGACAUUAGUUUACCGUCACAUAAGUCUUUGUUUUGUGUGCAAGCUGAAAGAAUAAGAAAGCUUCAAGAGCUAGCAAAAGCUCGAACAGGUCAAGAAGGUCGCAUAACAUGGUACAUUAUGACAAGCGAGCACACAAUGCAACCGACCAUGAACUACUUUAAGGACCACGACUUUUUUGGACUUUUUGAAGAUGAUAUCGUCAUGUUCGAACAAGGCAGUUUACCAUGCUUUGAUUUUGACGGGAAAAUAUUGUUAGAUGAAAAACAUCGGAUUUCUAAAGCACCCGAUGGCAAUGGAGGAUUAUAUCGAGCAUUGAGAGACACUGGAAUCCUCGAUGAUAUGAAUCGUCGUGGUGUGUUGUCCCUUCAUGCACAUAGUGUUGACAAUAUUCUCAUAAAAAUUGCCGAUCCAAUCUUUAUUGGUUAUUGUGUCAAACAAAGUGCAGAUUGUGCAGCAAAGGUCGUUGAGAAAUCACAUCCGAAUGAGGCUGUUGGUGUUGUAUGCAUGGUUGACGGAAAAUAUCAAGUCGUCGAAUAUUCUGAGAUUACACAAAGUACUGCUGAGAUGCGCAAUAGUGAUGGCCGUUUGACAUUUAAUGCUGGAAAUAUUUGCAAUCAUUAUUUCAGUGCAGAGUUUUUAAAUAAAAUUGGCUCGACUUAUGAAAAAGAUUUGAAACUUCAUGUUGCGAAGAAAAAGAUUCCAUUUGUUGAUAACUCUGGAAAGCGAAUUCAACCAGACAAACCUAAUGGCAUUAAGAUCGAAAAGUUUGUAUUCGAUGUCUUUGAAUUUGCUGAAAAUUUUGUAACAGUUGAAGUGGCAAGAGAUGAAGAAUUUAGUGCUUUGAAAAAUGCUGACAGCGCUGGUAAAGAUUGUGCAACAACAGCUCGCAACGACAUUUAUCGAUUGCAUAAAAAAUAUAUUGAAAAUGCUGGUGGUUUUGUGAAUGGAGUUGAAGUUGAAAUCUCGCCGAUGGUAUCUUAUGCUGGAGAAGGCUUAGAAAGCAUUGUUAAAGGUCAAACAUUGAAAGCUCCAAUUCAUCUUACAGCGCCACAUGAAAGUAUGAUUAAGAAUGGACAUUUAUAAAGUCAAUGUCAGUCAAGUCUCAAACUUAAUCACAUUCCCACUUCUAUGAAAUUGCCGCAAUUUUUAAAAAUUCAAUUAUCUACUUUUAUUAAUUAAAGUUUUUAUACAGUGGUUUGUAUGUACAUAUAAAACCAUUUCCCCCACUUUUUCUACAUAAUUGUUGGUGGUUUUUUUUAUUACGAAUCAAAGUGUCUAAAUUUCGCAUUGUUUCGUAUCCAAUUCGCGGUUCAAACCAAGAACAUGCAAACCAUACUCGUCAAAAAAGUAUCUACAUAUGUUUCCUUAUGUAUAAACGUUUAACUAAUUAAAAACGUACUCGAAGACAUAAUCACUGCAUGGAAUGAAAUUAAAUUCAUAGAACGAAUGAAUGGUUUAAAAGCGGAAAAAUAUCAAAAAACUGGAUUUAAAAAGUAAAAGUUUCUUACAAAUAUAUUUUAUUUUCUUGUCAACCUACAAUCCGCCAGCAAAAUUAACAGCGUUAUGAUGCAUUUAUAGUCUCUAAAUAUAUAAACUUAUAAAACACUGAAAAAAUCCAUGCAUGGGUGGAAAGCACGAUAGAAAGCAAAGCAGAACGUUGACGUUAAACCUUAAAACUUUGACUUAAUGACAAUCGACUUUGGUUCUGAUGAUGAAAGAUAUUUUUUUACCACAUUAGAAUAUUUUUUUUUUAAUUGAAAGCAAAAGAAAAUCUCAUUUAUUAAAAUAAAUUUUUAAAGUUUGAUUAAAAAUAAAAUUGUUUGGAUUGAUGAUCUGUUAAAUUUUCAUUUAUAUUUGACUUUAAGUAAUAAUAAAUGCAAGAUAUUUUAUCAAAGGCUUGUGCUAUCUUAAAAGUGAUAAUAAAAACUUGUAACAUCUUUCACUUA